UCCUAUAUCGGUCAUAUGACUCGCGCUGCAAUGGACACAUUCAUUAAAAGUUUCACUAUCAUUUCUUUCUUAACAUAUGGAUGUGUGUCAGCGACCCCCGUAAAGGCCUCAACUCCAAACAUUAUCAUUAUGCUUAUGGAUGACAUGGGCUGGGGGGAUCUAGGGGUGUUUGGCCAACCCUCCAAAGAGACCCCGAACUUGGAUAAGAUGGCAGCUCAGGGAAUGCUCUUCCCCAACUUCUAUACAGCCAACCCACUCUGUUCCCCCUCUAGAGCCUCCCUUCUGACAGGAAGACUGCCGGUCAGAAAUGGAUUCUACACCACGAAUGGCCACGCACGGAAUGCCUACACCCCCCAGGAGAUGGUUGGCGGGAUCUCCAGCGAUGAGAUUCUUCUGCCCCGUCUACUGAAGAAGAAAGGCUAUGUCAGCAAGAUAGUUGGCAAGUGGCAUCUAGGCCACAGGCCCAAGUUCCUGCCCCUGGAGCACGGCUUUGACCAGUGGUUUGGUGCCCCAAACUGCCACUUUGGCCCCUACAACAGCAGUAAGAGGCCCAACGUCCCCGUCUACAACAACUCUGAGAUGGUCGGCAGAUAUUAUGAAGAGUUUCAAAUCAAUAGGAAGACAGGAGAGUCCAACCUCACCCAGCUCUACCUACAGGAAGCUCUCGGUUUCAUCCACCAACAGUCCCUCAGCAGCAAGCCUUUCUUCCUGUACUGGGCCCCUGACUCCACCCAUUCCCCCGUCUACGCCUCACAACGCUUCCUGGGGCGGAGUCGUCGGGGCCGGUAUGGCGACGCGGUCAUGGAGAUAGAUGAUAGUGUUGGUCAGAUCCUUUCAUGGCUGUCUACUCUUGGCAUCGAACAAAACACCUUUGUCUUCUUCACUUCAGACAAUGGAGCAGCUGUGAUGUCGGGCCCCAACGAAAGUGGCAGCAAUGGCCCCUUCCUGUGUGGGAAGGAGACGACCUUUGAGGGGGGGAUGCGGGAGCCAGCGGUGGCCUGGUGGCCGGGGCACAUCCCUGGGGCAUCGGUGAGUUUCCAGUUGUCCAGUCUGAUGGACCUGUUCAGCACCAGUCUGUCCCUGGCUGGGGUCAGUCCUCCAAAUAGGACCCUAGAUGGACUGGACCUCACCCCGGUCCUGCUCAACUCACACCCAAACAACACUUCCCUCACUGACCGGCCGAUAUUUUAUUACCGUGGAAAUCAGCUGAUGGCGGUGAGGCUCGGACCAUACAAGGCUCACUAUUGGACGUGGAGCAACUCACUGGAGGAGUUUGAGUCUGGUAUCAACUUCUGCCCGGGCCAGGAGGUACCAGGGGUCACGACUCACGUCCAGAAGGAGCACACCAUGCAGCCACUCAUCUUCCAUCUGGGGCGGGACCCUGGGGAGAAGUACCCAAUCAGUGUGCUGUCCAUGGAGUACCAGACUGUACUCAGAAGAAUUGCUCCAGUUGUAAAACAGCAUCUGGACUCUCUGGUUCCAGCUGCCCCUCAACUCAACAUGUGUGACCUUGCUGCCAUGAACUGGGCCCCUGCUGGGUGUGAGAAAUUAGGAAAGUGCCUCAAAGGGCCGGAGUCCCUGCCCUGGAAGUGUGAGUGGCCCCACUAGGAGCAGGGGGCCAGCACCAGAGAUACUUCUGUCAUGUCCUUUUUACUUGAUAACGUCUAUUCUAAUAGGCAUAUGCUGUACAUGGGUUUUAAUGUGUUGUCUAACGUUGACAUCAAUCAAACUUCUUCUUUCAUUUUUAUUUCAGAGCGGUUACUCAAACAUGUGUUGUGAGUGCAAUAUUUAAAGAAAUAGUACUUUUCAUCUCUGUUAUAUUAUAAACUAUUGAUCAUCAUUAGGAUGCCUCUUUAACUAAGAAGUAAUCUUCAUUAACUUAAUAGCUUGGUCUCUUUUGUUGCUGUGUAAGAGCUGCUGUGCUGUGAAAACAUGAAAUUAAAAUUGCCUGUUAUUAUUUUUUCACCUCAAUUCCCCUUUGUAUUUUGCCCUCAAUCAACCAAAACAUUCAGGUAUGUUCCUGUAUUUUACUUGACCAAUAACAUUGAGUAUGAGAUGGUAAAGAGAACCAUUCAGUAGUAAGCACCUCUAAAGCCACUGAAAAAACAGAUUUGCUAGUUCCUCCUUACUUACCUCACUUAGAAGAACUAUACUGUAAGAGAGAACUCUGAAACUGUGAAAAGGGCAUAUCGUUUUGACCAGAACCUUGGUUUUGCGUGGUAGAUGUUUGGUUACAGAAGUUAGUUUUAAGGUAUUUCAAUAGACCACCUACAUCAGCAUUACAACAUCCAUGUUCGAUGAUAGAUCCACUCUUGACUAAGUGGACAUUUGAGAAGGAGAAAUUCACAUCCUUUUUAUCAAACAAGCUGAGUGUGGGUUUUCAUUGGAAUAGGAUGUUGUAACACUCAAUCAAAAGUAUUCAUCAUAUACUUAAUACCCAUCCCACACUAUUAUAACUAAUAUAACAGUUCUCAUCUUCAACUUUGCAUAAUUUAUUGUAUUAAACAUAAUUAUGUUUAAUAGCAGUGCUACUGAACGCUAUUGGAAUUUACAUGAAUGUAUGCACAUUUGAGUAAAAGCCGCCUAUAUGCAACCAUUAACAAUGCUGCUCCCUCCAAAACGCUAGCUGGCCCUUAACAUGCUUAAAUGCUAAAAUAUAAGAUUUUAUUGCAGUUUGUAGCUAGUGAGUAAGUAUUUUAUUGUCUCUCUCACGAGAGAAAUUUGCUUUGGGCACAGAGAGAGCAUCGGCGACACAUACAUAAAGAUUUUACAGUGGGCCCUAAAUGCAUGAUCGAGCUAAGGCCUAAAUGCCGUUGACUUAUAAUUUGUUGAUGGAUUUGUUUAACCGCCUACUGCAUGUUGUCUGUCGCACGUGCCUUCAAUGCACUGUAAACUUUUAACUUACGCCAAACGUGUGUGUGUGUGUGUGUGUGUGUGUGUGUGUGUGUGUGUGUGUGUGUGUGUGUGUGUGUGUGUGUGUGUGUGUGUGUGUGUGUGUGUGUGUGUGUGUGUGUGUGU